AUGCCUCCUCCUGCCUUUCCCUCCUCCAAUCGCCGCAUGACGGCGAACCCGCUCAAGCCAGCGAAAAGAUACCGGCCUGGAAAACCCAUAAUUGACGAAAGAGAGUCGUCUGAAGAAGAGGAGGAAGAAGAAGAAGAACAAGAAACCAUAGACGAACCGCAAAGGCCUGAACCACAGCAAGCCAAGAGGCCUCCGCCCCCGAAAGCGACAUCCUUCCCGGCAAUUGGCGCAAAGCAGAUUACAAGUGGCGUGAGGGAUGUGACAAUUGAAGAAGACGAAGACGAGGAAGGCUUUGUGACGGAAGAGGAGCCAGAAGAGCCGAGCCAGCCCACCACAGCUCCUGGCCACAGGCCCGUACCUCCAAUUGUUAGCGAAAGUGAACAGAGCUCAGAGGAGGAGGAAGAGUCGGAUGAAGAAGAAUCAAGCUCUGAAGAUGAAGGCCCAAAACGAAUGCUCCUUAGGCCAACAUUCAUUAAGAAAACUCAACGCAAAGAAUCGGCGACUCCAGGCCCGGCUCUUGCGGCAACAUCAGCCGCUGACGAAGACGAAGCCGUUCUUCGCAAAGCAAAGGUAGACACGCUGAUUCGUGACGAAUUGGAAAAGGAAGCGGCGUCACGAGCAGCGCAGAAAAAGUCGUGGGAUGACGAUGAUGAAACUGGGGCCGGGGUUGAAGAGGGUAAUAUUGAUGAUACCGACGGCCUGGAUCCCGCUGCAGAGCUUGCCGCUUGGAAAUUACGUGAGUUGAAACGAGUCAAACGCGAACGCGAAGAAAUCGAAACUGCCGAAAAGGAACGCGAAGAGAUUGAACGACGCCGAAAUCUCACGGCCGAGGAGAGAGAACGUGAAGAUCGCGAGUAUCUCGCCAAGCAAAAAGAGGAGCGAGAAGCAGGGAGAGGCAAGGCCGGCUUCAUGCAGAAAUACUUCCACAAGGGCGCAUUCUUCCAGCCUGAUUCUGAAAAGCAUGGUUUGACAGAGAGAGAUUUGAUGGGCAGCAAGUACGUUGAUGAGGUCCGAAAUCGGGAGGCGUUACCACAAUACCUACAGGUUCGAGAUAUGACGCGCAUUGGGAGGAAGGGAAGAACAAAAUAUAAGGAUCUACGAGCUGAAGAUACCGGUCGCUGGGGCGUGGACGCCUAUUACCGUUCUUCGGCUCCCGCCAAUAGCUCCUCUCGCUUCGGGGUCACUGAUGAGAGAUUUUUACCUGACCGUGACAGGCCCUCUGGUCCCACGGGUGCAAAUGCAAGCUCGGUAAGGGAACGAGACCGUCCAGCGCGACGAACAAGCCGAAGCCGGUCACCUCCAAGGCAAAGCUACAGACCUAGAUCCCGGUCAGUGUCGCAAACCCGGCGGCGACGCCGUUCUCCGUCAUACUCCAGAUCUAGAUCUCCUCCGAGAAGGGUUCGCGAUAGGGAUUAUGAUCGCAGCAGGCGGAAACGCAGUCCCUCGCCAUACUCGGAUCGGGAGAAGAGGAGACGAGUUGAUGUCUCUGCGUGA